AUGAGGAGUUUUGUGUGCCUUUUAUUAGCUAUAAGCGCUGCAGUUGCUAGUGUCAGCGAAAAUCAUCAUCAUGGUUUUGCUGGUGGCAUCCAACACGGUGGAUUCUCUGGAGGAAUUCAACACGGUGGUAUCAUCGCUGGUGGUAUCCAAAAAGGUGGAUUCUCUGGAGGAAUCCAACACAGUGUAAUCGGUGGUGGCAUUCAACAUGGAGGAGUGUCUGGAGGAUUCCCAGCAGGUGGUUUCCAACGUAAUAUUUUCAAAACUGGUGGUUUCCAACAAGGAGGAUUACAACAAGUAGAAAUCCAGCAAGGAGGAUUCCAACAAGGAGGAUUCCAGCAAGGAGGUUUCCAGCAAGGAGGAUUCCAACAAGGAGGAUUCCAUCAGGGAGGUUUCCAGCAAGGAGGAUUCCAACAAGGAGGUUACCAACAAGGAGGAUUCCAACAAGGAGGCGUUAAUGCUCAGCAUAUUGGUGGUAUCUCUGGAGGAAUUGGAGGAGGAAUCGGUGGAGGAUUUUCCGGAGGAAUCGGAGGAUCUUCUGCUGUUCAACAGAAAGUGAUCACUGUUAUUAAACAAGUUCCAGUUCAAGUACCACAACCCUACCAAGUUGUUGUUACCGAGAGGGUCCCAGUCCAAGUUCCACAACCCUACACUGUCCACGUACCAAAACCAUACCCAGUUCCAGUUCAAGUGAAAGUACCAGUUCAUGUACCACAACCCUACCCAGUCAAGAUCACCCAACAAGUGCCAGUGAAGGUUCCAAUUUACGUGAAAGUAGCUCAGCCAGUGAAAGUUGCCGUUCCAGUUCCAAAACCAUACCCAGUCGAAGUCAUUAAGCAUGUCCAAGUCAAAGUACCUACUCCAGUCUACGUAAAAGUCCCAGUUCCAAUUCAAACCCAUUCCCAAGAA